AUGGGGCUAAGAGUGGCCAGCCUUUUCAUACUCUGGCUGGCUCUUUCCUAUGCUCAUGAAAUAAGAAAAGGAAGGACAAGAAACCACGGCCACUAUGUCUGCAGCACUUGGGGAAACGACCAUUUCAAAACCUUUGACGGAGACAUCUACCAAUUCCCUGGCGUUUGCGAGUAUAAUUUUGUUUCUGACUGCAGCGAUUCUUACGCAGAGUUCUCUGUCCACAUCCAGCGUGCUCUGAACAGCGAUAACCACCCUGAAAUCCAGUAUAUUCUGGUAAAAAUCAAGGAUAUCACAGUGUACCUCAAACCAAAACUGGUUGUGGUGGAUGGGCGAAUUGUGAAGACACCUUACUACAGCUCUGGUCUGCUCAUUGAGAGCAAUGACAUUUACACCAAAAUUUAUGCCAAAUUAGGCAUGGUUCUGAUGUGGAAUCAGCAGGAUGCACUGAUGGUGGAGCUGGACAACAAAUUUAAUAACCUAACCUGUGGCCUCUGUGGGGAUUACAAUGGAAUUCCAAUCUACAAUGAGUUUAUCAAGGGAGAUGCAAGCUACAAUUCAAUUACAUAUGGGAAUUUGCAGAAGAUCAGCAAACCCAAUGCCAAAUGUGAAGAUCCAGAUGAAACUCAGGCUCUUCCAAGCUGUAACGAGCAUCGUGACGAGUGUGAGAGGCUGCUGACUUCCUCUGCAUUUGCCGAUUGUCGGUUCCGUCUUAAUUUGGAAACGUACAUCCAAGCCUGCAUGCAGGACAAGUGUGCCUGUAGCGGCAGUGAGGACUCCUUCUGCAUCUGCAGCACCAUCUCUGAGUAUUCUCGCCAGUGUUCGCACGCCGGUGGCCGGCCGGGUGAAUGGAGGACGCAGAACUUUUGCCCCAAGACCUGUCCUGAUACCAUGGUCUAUAGAGAAAGCAGCUCACCCUGCACGGAUACUUGCUCACACUUGGACAUCAGCAGCCUUUGUGAGGAACACUACAUGGAUGGUUGUUUCUGCCCUGAAGGAACUGUGUAUGAUGAUAUUACUGGAAAAGGCUGUGUACCUGUUAGCCAAUGCCACUGCAAACUCCUUGGAAAGCAGUAUGCACCUGGAGAAAACAUUUCCAAUGAAUGUGAAGAAUGCACCUGUAAUUCAGGCAGAUGGACGUGCAAAGAUUUACCUUGUCCAGGCACAUGUUCAGUGGAAGGAGGUUCCCAUAUUAGGACCUUUGAUGGGAAGAAAUACACCUUCCAUGGAGACUGUUACUAUGUAUUGGCCAAGGAUACUGCAAAUGACAGUUAUGCUCUCCUGGCAGAGCUGACUCCCUGUGGCUCCACAGACAGGCAGACCUGCUUGAAGACUGUUGUGCUGUUAGUGGAUAACAAAAAAAAUGUGGUGGUUUUCAGAUCCGAUGGCAGCGUGCUACUGAAUGAGAUGACAGUGAAUGUGCCUCAUGUGUCAGCCAGCUUCUCAGUAUUCCAGCCAUCUUCCAACUACCUUGUUGUACAAACACCUUUCGAGCUUCAGGUGCAGAUCCAGCUGCUUCCAGUCAUGCAACUGUUUGUGACUGUGGAUCAAUCAGCUGAAGGAAAAAUUCAAGGUCUUUGUGGAAACUUUAAUGGAAUGGAAGGUGAUGAUUUUAAAACAACCAGUGGGCUGGUAGAAGCUACAGGAUCUGCCUUUGCGAACACAUGGAAAGCUCAGUCCAUCUGUACAGACCAGGCAGAAAAGCUGGAAGACCCUUGCAGCCUCAGCAUUGAAAGUGCAAAUUAUGCUGAGCAUUGGUGUUCUUUGCUGAAAAACCCAGAAGGUCCUUUUGCAACAUGUCACUUAGUCAUUGAUCCUUCAGAAUACUAUAAGAAAUGUAAAUAUGACACAUGCCUCUGUGAAGAUAAUGAAGAAUGCUUGUGUGCUGCCCUGUCCUCUUAUUCGAGAGCCUGUGCUUUCAAAGGAAUCAUACUGGAAGGCUGGAGAGACAGUGUCUGCAGUAAUGAAGUGUCUGCCUGUCAAGGAAAUCAAGUCUUCCUUUACAACAUUACAAGGUGCGAGCAAACCUGUCGUUCCCUUGCUGAUGGUGAAAAGUACUGCUUGCAAGACUUUGCUCCUGUGGAUGGCUGUGGCUGCCCAUCUGAUACAUACCUGGAUAAACAGGAUAACUGUGUGCCCAUCUCUGAGUGCCCAUGUUAUUACAAGGGAUCAUACCUGGAACCUGGGGAAUAUUUUACAAAAGAUGGAGACCGCUGUGUUUGCCGAAAUGCAAAGGUCCAGUGUACCUCAGUGAAAAUGAGAAUGAAAAGUGUAGAAGAAUGUUCUUCUAACAAGACAUUCUUUGACUGCGAUGCAUCCUCAAAAUGGACUUCACAAACACCUGUACAACUUAGCUGUCAUACCCCUCAAGCAAAUCAUUUCCAGACAGAGUGUGUCUCAGGCUGUGUGUGUCCUGAAGGUCUAUUUGAUGAUGGCAGAGGAGGCUGUGUUGAGGAGAAGGACUGCCCAUGCGUUCAUAACAACGAGUGGUAUUCUUCUGGACAGAAGAUAACAGUGGACUGCAACACCUGUACCUGCCAAAAAGGGGUUUGGAGCUGCACUGCCAAUGCGUGCCAUGGGAGUUGUAUGAUAUAUGGAAGUGGCCAUUAUAUCACUUUUGAUGGAAAAUUCUAUGACUUUGAUGGGAAUUGUGAAUAUGUGGCUAUUCAGGAUUUUUGUGGUGACAAAAAUUCCAGCGGCUCAUUCAGCAUCAUCACAGAGAAUGUCCCUUGUGGAACUACAGGAGUCACCUGCUCAAAAGCUAUCAAAAUGUUCCUAGGGAAAACUGAACUGAAAUUGGAGAACAAAGAGUACAAAGAAAUUCAGCGAGAUGUUGGUGAUGAUGUGCUUUAUUGGAACAGGACAGUAGGCCUCUACCUCGUUAUUGAGGCUAGCAAUGGUGUGAUGCUUAUCUGGGAUAAGAAGACUACUGUUUUCAUCAAGCUGAGCCCCGAUUACAAAGGCAAAGUGUGUGGUCUGUGUGGCAACUUCGAUGACAAGUCAAACAAUGACUUUAUAACAAGGAGCGGACUGCAGGAGACCAAUGCUCUGAACUUCGGGAAUUCCUGGAAACAGUCUCCCAUGUGCCCAGAUGUCACACAAGAGAUUAAACCUUGUGAUUUGAAGCCACAUCGGAAGUCCUGGGCAGAGAAAGAAUGCAGCAUCAUCCUGAGUGAAGUCUUCAAAAUUUGUCAUUCCAAGGUGGACCCAGUUCCUUUCUAUGAUGCUUGUGUUCAUGAUGCCUGCUCUUGUGACAGCGGUGGAGAUUGUGAGUGCUUCUGUUCUGCAGUUGCUGCUUAUGCCCAAGAAUGUACCAAGGUUGAGGCCUGUGUUUUCUGGAGAACUCCUGAUAUAUGCCCAAUAUUUUGUGACUACUACAACCCUCGCGAUGAGUGUGAGUGGCACUAUGAGCCUUGUGGCAGUAACAUCACAACCUGCAGGAUGAUUAAUAAUGUCAGCACCAACUUUACAGUACCAUACCUGGAAGGCUGCUACCCCAGAUGUCCUAAGGACAAGCCUAUUUAUAAUGAAGAGACAAAAGAAUGUGUGCCUGAAGAUCAGUGCUGGUGUUACAUCGAUGGAAUUCAAGUUCCCCCUGGGCAUGAAAUACCCACAGAAGAAAACUGUACAAUAUGUGUCUGUGGCCCCUCAGGAUCCAUACAAUGUAAACCAGUUCCAGGGUGUCCUUGUGUCAUCAAUGGAACGAGUUAUCAAGUGGGUCAGACUGUGGCACAAGUACAGGAUGGUGACAUAUGUAUAACAUACAUUUGUGCAGAAAAUGGUUCUGUGGUUCCAGAUAAAAUCUACCCUUGUCCAACAUCUUCUUCACCUACAGUCCUUUCAACCUCAUUUCCUACCAGUACUCUUACCACCACAGUUACCACUACAAGCCAUCCAGUGACUACAACUCCAUGCUUUGGAUUAAUCUGUGAUUGGACUGAGUGGUUUGAUGUUAGUAAUCCUGAAAAAGAUGGUGGUGACUAUGAAACAUAUGAUGAAAUAAGAAAACAUGGAUACAAAAUAUGUGAAGCUCCUGAAAAAAUUGAAUGCAGGGCAGAGGAUAAACCUGAUGUGAGCUUAGAGGAACUUGGUCAGAAAGUGCAGUGUAAUGUUUCCUAUGGACUAAUAUGUAAAAAUGAGGAGCAAGAUGUAACUAUGUGGCAACUUUGCUACAAUUAUGAAAUCAGGGUAAACUGUUGUGAGUGGAAAGAAAUUCCCUGUGAGAUUACACCUACACCUAGUACACCACAAACUGCAACUUCAACCACCACCAAGACAACAGUACCUCUCACCACUACAUCCAGGAUUCCCACAGAAAUUACCACCUCGCCCACACACAUCGCUUCAACCACAAGUUCAUCGACACCGAGCACGGCAUCCCCUUCAACAAAAUCAACAACCACUCCCACUGCAAGACCAGGGGAGACUUCCAUCAGCACUGCCAGCACCACGGUGCCCCCCAUCAGCACCACCAGCAGCAGCACCCCACGGACAACAACUGUUCCUGGCUCAUCAACAACACCCAUCUCUACUACUUCAAGCACAUCCAGGCCCACACCAACAUACACCACCACCGUACCACCUCCAGGCCCAGGUUCAUCGACACCGAGCACGGCAUCCCCUUCAACAAAAUCAACAACCACUCCCACUGCAAGACCAGGGGAGACUUCCACCAGCACUGCCAGCACCACGGUGCCCCCCAUCAGCACCACCCCCAUCAGCACCACCACCCCGGGGACAAGCACAAUUCUUAUUGGAUCACCAACACCCACCCCAACUACUUCAAGCACAUCCAUGCCCAUACCAACAUACACCACCACCCUACCACCUCCAGGCCCAGGUUCAUCGACACCAAGCACGGCAUCCCCUUCAACAAAAUCAACAACCACUCCCACUGCAAGACCAGGGGAGACUUCCACCAGCACUGCCAGCACCACGGUGGCCCCCAUCAGCACCACCAGCAGCAGCACCCCAGGGACAACCACAAUUUUUAUUGGAUCACCAACACCCACCCCAACUACUUCAAGCACAUCCACGCCCAUACCAACAUACACCACCACCCUACCACCUCCAGGCCCAGGUUCAUCGACACCAAGCACAGCAUCCCCUUCAACAAAAUCAACAACCACUCCCACUGCAAGACCAGGGGAGACUUCUACCAGCACUGCCAGCACCACGGUGCCCCCCAUCAGCACCACCAGCAGCAGCACCCCAGGGACAACCACAACUGUUCCUGGAUCAUCAACAACCACCUCACCUCCUGAAAGUAUUGUCACCAGGACCCCUCAGCCUCCAACUACAUUAGCAUUAGAGGGUACAACACCUGGAUCAGAGACACCGACAAAGACAAGUACUCCAGUUACUCCUUCAGCUACUCCACUGCCAACAACUAGAACAACAGAAAGAGGAAGUACAGUGUUUACCAGAAGCACCACUAUUCAGCAGUCAACAUCCUCGGUGUCAACAAGCCCAGUGACCAUCACCACCUCUGAAGUCACUGAAACAGAAUCGACCCCCAAAACUACUACUUCAGGUCCCACACCCUCAAGAUCCACCAGCACCACACCAGUAACAGAAACACCUAGCCAUGAGACCACUACCACCAGGACCGCGAGCCCUCCAACAGGAUCACAUACUGCCCCUGUCAGCACCACAACUUCAGGACCAUCCUCUCUGGGGUCUACUCCUAGCAGUACUGUAUCUCUGUCUUCAGCAUCAACCAGCUCUGUGCCAGUCACCACCUCUGGUACUACUCCAACCAAAACCUUUACCACCACUUCAGGAACCACCUCUAGCAGUUUUACCAUAAGUACUGCAACCACCACCUCCACCACCUUAGAAACUCUUUCACCUGGCUCAACUAGUACAUCUGGGACAACUGCAACAUCAACUGCAGUCACCACUACAGGAAGUUCUACAUACAGUACCGUUACUCCAGUUAGUGGCUCAAGUUCAACUACAGGUCUAACACCAACUACGCCUAAAAAAAUAUGUUCUAUUUUACCUAAUGAAUCUUAUGAGCAAGGUGAGUCAUGGUGGCUCUGUAACUGCACUAAGGCAAUAUGUAUAGAAGACAAUAUCGUCCAGGUGAUUCCCAUAAUCUGUAAUCCACCUCCUAAACCUACCUGUGCCAAUGGGCUUUCUCCUGUGCCAGUCAUUGAUGAGGAUGGAUGCUGUUGGCAUUGGGAGUGUGAUUGCUACUGCACUGGCUGGGGAGACCCACAUUACAUGACUUUUGAUGGACUGUACUACAGCUACCAAGGGAAUUGUACAUAUGUCCUUGUGGAAGAGAUUAAUAAGAAAGUUGACAACUUUGGUGUCUACAUUGAUAACUACCAUUGUGAUUCACGAGAUGUGGUCUCCUGUCCUCGAACGCUCAUUGUGAGACAUGAAACUCAGGAAGUGAGGAUAGCAACGGUGAAACCAAAUACUGUAGAAGUAGAGGUGACAGUAAACAAUCAGUUAGUGGCUUUGCCUUAUAAAAAGUUUGGCGUGAGCAUCUAUGAGUCAGGAAUAAAUCGUGUUGUGGAAAUUCCUGAGCUAAAAAUGAAUGUGACCUACAAUGGCUUGUCCUUUUCUAUCAGAAUGCCCUACAGCCUGUUUGGUAACAACACUCAGGGACAGUGCGGUACUUGCAAUAACAACACCGCAGAUGACUGCAUGUUGCCGAAUGGAAACAUUGCAGAAAACUGUGAAACCAUGGCAGAUCACUGGCAGGUUGUUGAUCCUUCCAAACCACAGUGCUCUCCAGGCCUAAAUCCUACAAGUUCACCUAGCACAACCCCAGCAGAGCCUUGCAAAGAAUCUUCCAUCUGCGAGCUUCUUUUGGGAAGUGUGUUCAAGCCAUGCCAUGAGUUUGUGCGGCCUGAAAAGUACUAUGCAGCCUGCGUUUUUGAUAGUUGUGUACUUCCCAACCUAGACCUGGAAUGCUCAAGUCUGCAGAUCUAUGCUGCCACCUGUGCUGAUCAAGGUGUAUGCAUUGACUGGAGAGGUCACACCAAUGGUGUAUGCUCUCACGAAUGCCCCUCAGGAAAAGAGUUCAGAGCAUGUGGUCCUAUUAAAGAGCCAACCUGCAAAUCAAGUCACCAAAAUGAAACUUCAACUAAACAAGUGGAAGGCUGUUUCUGUCCCAAUGGAACAAUGCUGUAUGACUCUGGCGUGGAUGUCUGCGUGAAAACCUGUGGCUGUGUUGGAGUGGAUAUGAUCCCAAGAGAGUUUGGGGAAAAGUUUAUAGUAGACUGUCAGGACUGUACUUGCCUGGAAGGGGAAUAUGGCAUUGUAUGCCAGCCUCAUGAAUGUGCUGAACAACAUGUCACUUGUAAUGGAGAAGGCUUCUAUCAGGUCACUGAAGUCAAUCCUGAAGACUCCUGCUGCCCUCUUGUCACCUGCAAAUGCAAUACAAGCCUCUGCACAGCUAAAGCUCCCAAGUGCACACUGGGAUUUGAAAUUCAUUCUUAUAUUCCCAGUGGUCAGUGCUGUCCUGUGUACCAAUGUGUUCCCAAGGGAGUCUGUGUUCACGAGAGUGCUGAGUUCUUGCCUAACUCCUCAGUCUUUGUUGAUAAGUGUCAGAAUUGUUUCUGCACAAAUGAAGUUAACGUCAGCACUCAACUGAAUAUCAUCUCAUGUGAACCUCUUCCAUGCAAUACAUACUGUGCACCGGGAUAUGAACUUCAACCAGUGAAAGGUGAAUGUUGUGGAAAAUGUGUGCAGACCAAGUGUAUUAUACAUGCAAACAAUGAUGAACUCAUCUUGAGUCCUGGAGAUUUUAAAAAUGAUCCUAACAACAACUGCACCAUUUAUAGCUGUGUAGAAAUCCACAACCAGCUUAUCUCUUCCACAUCUGAGAUUACCUGUCCAGCAUUUAAUGAGGACAGCUGCAAACCUGGAACUAUUUCAUUCUUACCUAAUGGUUGUUGCAAAACCUGUGCACCGCUGGAUAGCAGUACACCGUGCUCUGUCCGUGAAAGAGAAGACUUUAUUGUCUAUAAUGGCUGCCGUUCCGUGGACAGAGUUGUCAUGACUGAGUGUGAGGGAACAUGUGGAACCGUCUCGCUAUACUCUGCUGAGGCCAAUUCUAUGGAUCACAGCUGUUCCUGCUGCAGAGAAUCACAGACUACUGAGAAGUACGUGGUACUGAAGUGUCCUGGUGGGUACUCAAUGACACAUAAGUACAUCUAUGUGGAAAGCUGCAGCUGUCAAGACACUGAAUGCCAGAUCCCACAAUCCAGUGAGUUGCAGAGAAGAAAAUGACAAGGCAAGAUCUCUGAACCGUACCAAGACGGCCAUCAGCUUAACAUCAAAAUGAAGACAGAAAAAAACUAGCAGCAUUUGACUGAAAGGCCUGUGCACCAUUCUUAGCUUUCUUGACUACUUUUGAACAUUACUUUUCCCAGUAAAUGCAUCCUAUUUGUUCUCUGAUUACUUUGAACAGUGCUCUAUUUAUUUGUGACAAAAUAAGAACACAAAUUUGUAUUCUUCCAAGUGCACAGCCUUUUGGAUCCUUUUUAAAAUCUGCUUAUUUUCUCUGAAUGAUUAAAAGCA